AUGAAUUCAGCGGAAGUUUUUGAACAAACGUUAAAUGAUGCAUUGAUUACAACUAAUAUACCCUAUGAUCAAUUUUUACAUCUGUUACAUGGCGCACAGGGAGGGUAUAGUUUUACUGAGGAGCAAACCAAGACAUGGUAUACUCAAUUGGAGAAAAUGGAUAAAGAGACAUUAAAAAAAAUCAGGAGAAGGUUUGAACACUUUAUAAAUAAAGUACGAAGAUCGCAAUUACGUGAAUUAGAGACAUCUCAAUUAUCUGAAUCUUUUAAGCUAGAGGAAUUGAUAAACAACCUAUAUACAAUUGACGAUUUGUUAUCAACAAAAUUGCAGUUAUUAGAUAAUAAGGUUACUGAAAGCAAUAACCAAUUACGAACAUUUGAUGAACAAUUGGAACAAACGAUUGGAAACUCCACUUCUUCCAGUGAGCCUCUAUCUAGUAUACUUCAAACGAUAGAUAAAUAUAGAAGAGCAAUUGAUGGUACUAAAUGA